AUGCCGGGCACCUGCCACCGGCUACGAAUUCCUUCGCUCGUCUCGAACCGCUCCACCAAGAGCGGUGCAGGCGUCAGCACGUCCUCCUACUCAUCCUCAACGGCGUCCUCGGCAGGACCCCCGUCGGCAUCCUCGAUCACCGAUGAUGACAUCUUCGGAUGCGAGGCGGGUCCUGCAUCUCCACCGGCCACGAUCAAAAAGGAACGCCACCGGGUAACGAUGAUGGGUGCGGCCCGCGUUGGCAAAUCCUCCAUCAUCUCGCAGUUUCUGUACGAAAAGUACUUGUCACGCUACAAGCAGACAAUCGAGGAGAUGCACCGGGGCGAGUACGAGCUGCCGGAUGGGUCCUGUUUGACGCUCGACAUCCUGGACACCUCGGGUUCGUACCAGUUCCCGGCGAUGCGUGCCCUUUCGAUCAACACGAGCGGUGCGUUUAUUCUCGUGUACGCCGUGGAUGAUGAAGAAACCUGGAACGAAGUGGAACGGUUGCGCGAACAGAUCAUUUCCGUGCGAGGUACGCGCGUACCGAUCGUGAUCGUCGGUAAUAAGGCGGACGUGCCAGAGGAACAACGUGAGGUUCCUUUUAAGGUGGCCCGUUCCCGGGUGCUGCUCGAGUGGGGCUGUGGAUACGCUGAGUGCUCGGCCAAGGAUAAUGAAGGUAUUCUGACCGUUUUCAAGCAGCUGCUCCGGCAAGCCAACAUCGAGUACAACCUCAGCCCAGCCGUCCGCCGACGUCGGAAGUCACUGCCAAGCUACACCGGUGGUAACAAUCCGGCGCGGGCUAAUUCCGCGAAGUACUAUCUGAAACGGCACUCCUGCUCAGUGCAGUAG